AUGGGCAAUCCACCGGCACAAGAGGAUACUUGGGCAUUUGGCCCGAUUGGAUCACCGUUUCCAGAUAAUCCAUUUCAUGCAUUAGAUCAGCCCAAUCAGUAUGUUGCUUUGUGGUACAAGCACGGAAAACCUAUUCAUGGUCGCGCAUGGAAUAACGGAGGAGUUCUGGAAUGCUCAUUCCCAUAUAAGAAAGCUGAACUAACUGGAGCUAAAGAUUUAGGAGGCCAAAUUCAAAUAUUGCAAUACAAAGGUGAUCACAAUUCUCUUGGUUUCUGGUAUGAAUGGAUUAAGUAUAAAGAUCGUUUCGAGAAAACCGAGGAGCGACAAAAAUUGAAAUGUGGCGAUUCGUUGCCAAUUUUCUGGAAAAGUCGUAAAGAUGGUCCACUUAUGGGUUAUUUAGAUGCAACCGAAAUGGCGCAUUUCUCGCACGAUGGUAAGGCAGAAAUGUUACAAGGAAGUGUACUUGAUGAUAUGUAUAUUAUUGUACGUAACAUCAAAGGUGGACCACCUGGUUGUGAAUGUAAGAAAUGCUAUGUACCUCCACCAAAACCAGAUGAGCCACCACCGCCACCACCACCUGGACCACCGCCGCCAAGAAUUAUGCGUGAUGAAUGGAUGGAUAUACGUAUGGGUGAUCCAUGGCCAGAACGUAAAUUGGUACAGGCACUUGGAAAAACGUUGGAUACGAUACCAAAAGAAGAUCCAAAUCAGUAUGUAGCGUUGUGGUACCAACAAGGUGAACCAAUUAUGGGUAGAAUAUGGAAAGAUGGCAAUGGAAAGGUUGCAGCAACAUUUGGUUGGAAUGGACGUGAGUAUCGUGAUAAGAUUGGUUCGUUGCAAGUGCUAAUCGAACUUGGACAUCAUGUACGUGGUUACGAUUACUCUUGGCAACCAUUCUCAGUAUGUGGUACAUUCGGUGAAAAAGAAUGGCUUCCGGUUUAUGUCGAUUAUAAGGGGAUCAUUUCACCAUGUGUCAUCACGUGGGAAGGAAAACAAAUCCUUGGAAAGGUUGAUAUUCGUAAUGAAAAAGCAAGUGCGGCAUUUUCGGGCAAAGAUAAUAUCAUAGUUGGUCCGAAGGUGAAAGAACAAUUGGUAUUAUGUCGUAAAGCAAGACCGGGAUAUCAUUUCGAGUAA